UUGAGGUUUUGCUUGUAUAUUUCGCGCAAGUCAUCACAGCUCGAAGUCAUCCAGAGAUUGUACGAAAGUACUUGGCUAAAGAGAUCAGCCUUCGUCAUACACUAGGGCCGUUCGAUUACAUGCCGUUACCUAAUUUUGUCGUUUCCUCUCUUGGUGUACGACCUAAGAAAACCGGCGGUGCGAGGUUAAUCAUGGAUCUUUCGCGUCCGGUUGGGGAUUCCGUUAACGAUUCCAUUUGUCCAAAAUUGUAUUCAAUGAAAUUCUGUUCUGUAGACGACGCAGUCAAGAUCGUUACUCGUCUCGGGAAAGGCGCUCUAAUGGCCAAAAUGGACCUUAAGCACGCCUUUCGUUUAAUUCCCGUCCGGCCCGAAGAUUGACAUCUUUUAGGAUACUCGUUUGAUGAAAAAUUCUACUUUGAUGUUGUUCUUCCAUUUGGUUGUCGUUCGUCUCCAGCGAUAUUCGAUCGAAUGGCAUCCUUCUUACACUGGAUUAUUGUUAAUGUCGGCAAAUUCCCUGAUGUUCUACAUUACAUGGACGACUUCUUUUUUGCCGGUGCUUGCAAUUCGCUGAUCUGCAGGCUUGCUACGGAGUUGAUGACACUCUUGUGCGAAGAUCUUGGAGUGCCGUUAGCUCCAGAAAAGACGGAAGGACCAUCUUCGCGGUUAAUUUUUCUCGGUAUCUGUAUCGACUCGGAAACACAAACUUUAUCUAUUCCAGAUUCGAAAGUGCAGGAGCUGCAGAAUGAGUUCAUUAUUUUCUCCGCUAAGAAAUCCUGCUGCAAGCGUGACCUUCUCAGUUUAAUCGGCAAACUUAGUUUUGCAACAAAGUGUAUUCCUGCCGGCAGGAUUUUCUUACGGCGGAUGAUAGAUACUUCGCAAUCGGUUAAACAACUUCAUCAGCAUCUGACGUUAACUCGUGAAUUUCAUGCAGAUCUUCAGUGGUGGAUUCGGUUUUUGCCUCAGUGGAAUGGCACUACAUCGUUUCUUGAACCCGAAUGGACUGAUUGCGCCGCCAUGAAAAUUUUUACUGACGCAUGUGGUUCCGGUUGCGGUGGGAUAUUCGGUUCUCAGUGGUUUUAUAUCGCCUGGCUAGACAGUGUACGCCAGUUAGAACCGCAUAUAACCUGGUACGAAAUGGCUCCAAUCCUUUUUGCUUGUUCCGUUUGGGGAGUACACUGGCAUGGGAAACGGCUGACCUUUUACACCGAUAACCAAGCAGUAGCUCAGGUUUGGAGUAAAUUUUCUUGCAAGCAUCCUGGCGUCAUGCAUCUUAUUCGUGCCAUUCACUUCGAAGCAGCACGCUACAAUUUUCAUUUGCGAAUAAACUAUCUUCCGGGUUGUGUGAAUUUAGCGGCCGAUGCCUUAUCUCGACACGAGAUGGUCAAGUUUUUUAACGUAUAUCCGACAGCCUGUGCCGAACCUAACACCGUCACGCCUGAUUUUGAUGCCUUUCUUCCUAGCCUUGCCGAUUCUAAACGGUCACGUUUGAAGAUACCCAAUUGCGCAUAAUGCGCAGUUUAAUUGCACUAUUACGUCCCUUUUGCGAGCUCAUUUAGCCCCUUCAAGCCGUCAAGCUUAUGGAGUUGCAUUACGCUGCUUCAACCAUUUUUGUUUGCUCUUCAAGUAUUGCGCGAUGCCCGCGGAUUCUCAUGUCAUUCGGGAUUUUUUAGCAUAUUUAUAUCAGAAAGGUCUUUCAUGUGCAACGGCACGUGUUUAUCUUUCUGCAGUAGUGACCCAUCACUUAUUAAACGGAUAUACCGAUCCCGUCCCAGACAAGCGGUUUUUGACGUUUAUGUUUUCCGGGUGGAUGAGAAUCCGUAGGCAACCAAUUCGUAAACGCGAUGGAAUUACUCUGGACAGGCUAACCUUUUUAUUGCGCUAUAUUUCUUCAAUGCCUGUUCCUCCGCACACUAUUGCUAUGCUUCGCGCUGCCUUAUGUCUUUCUUUCUAUGGCUUUCUUCGAGUUUCCGAAUUUUGUGCACCAAAGCAAACAGCCGUUUCAGGUUCAACUCUUCUACGAUCUGAUAUAGUUUUUUCUGAUUGCUGUAUUCGGCUCACUUUAAAAAUUUCGAAAUCGUCUCAGUUGAUCCCUGUCACCGUUCUCCUUCCUAGCUUACACAGUGAAACCUGCCCAGUACUUAACUGUCGUACCUAUUUUUCGUUUCGCGAUCGUGUUCAUACUUCUACGUCUCCUCUAUUUCUUUUCCCUGAUGGACCAUUUCUUACUCGUCAAUAUAUGUCUUCAUUAUUAAAACGAAGUCUGGGCCAUGCAUAUUCUUCUCACUCCAUAAGAAUUGGUGCAGCCACUACAGCAGCCGCUGCCGGAAUUCCUGUAGAGCAAAUCCGCAUGCUUGGACGAUGGUCGAGCGACGCAGUUUAUCGUUAUAUUAAGUCUGAUUUUUGUCAUAUUUCCAGAUUGCUUAUUCGGAUGUCAUCUCUGCAGUAACCGGUUUAUUAAUAUUUUUCUCAUCCGUUUUUCUUCCGCUCCGGGUUGGGGGUUGCGUUCCGUUUGGGGUGUCCGGCGCGGUUUGUGUUGAUUUGCCAAGCGACCUGCGGUUGCCUUUCGUCGUCAGUGCACCGUACGGACAUCGCGCGGCGUAGACGACAAGCCCCGGUAUCCUCAAGCGGCAAAGAUUUACUUCCGAGAGCUCGAUAAGCGUUAAUGGCAUUUAAUGCUGAAAGCAUUAAAUGUCGUUAACGCAGAGCUCUCGUAGUGCUUG